UCGAGAUAGCAGUCGCGUUACUCUCAGCUCAGAAACAGUCGUUGGCUAGCUCCGCAGAAAGAGCGUGCAGGAUACGCAUCAGAAGGCGCUGUGAAGCAGAGGGCCACCCAACAGUGCCACGAUGGAGGAAGAGUCAUACCGUUACGUCGAAGGCCUGUGGAUGCACAAGAUGUUCAAGGAUGAAGCUAUCCUCUCCGCAAUGAACUACAAACCACGGGAGCGAGACGUCCUUGUCGUAACGUACCCGAAAUGCGGCACCAAUUGGACGCAGUUUAUCGUUUACAACAUCUUAACACAUGCGGCGCCGGUCUCCAAUAUGUUGGAGUUCAGAAUUACGUGCCCGUUCAUCGAUUUGACUGGAGCAAGUUCUGCUGAGAGCCCGUUGAGAACUGGCCCCAUUAUGUCACACUUCCCCUUCAGCGUUUUACGUCCAGUGGACUGUGCCAAGUACAUCUACGUAGCCAGGAACCCUUAUGACUGUGCCGUGUCCUUCUACCACUUCAUGAAGGGGCUGACUCCGCGAACUGUCACCGAUGUUUCCUUUGAGAAGUUCCUGAGCUUCUACUUGAAAGGAAAGGUCCUCUACGGCGACUACUUCGGUCACCUUCUGCCAUGGUAUGAGCAUCGAGGAGCACAAAAUACUCUUUUCAUCACAUAUGAACAACUGAAGGCGGAUACGAGGUCUCAAGUGCUCAAAAUCGCCGAUUUUCUUGGCGAAGAACAUGGAACAGCGUUGCGUAAAGACGAUGACCUUCUUCAGAGAGUCCUCCACGCCUGUAGUCUGGAAAGCAUGAAGGCCAUCUUUGAUGUAAAACCAGCGGACCGGCCAAAGAUCAUGCUGAAAGCGUCAGCGGAGAAGUCAGAGACGUUUGCCGUGAUGAAGGACGUGGCCGAGCUAAAGGACGAAAUGCACGAGGGCUCCAGCAUUGUUCGCAAGGGAAUCGUUGGCGAUUGGCGAAACUAUUUUACUGCUGAGCAGGUACAGCGAACGAAAGAAUGGAUCACGAAAAAGACACAGGGAAGCGACGUCAUGGCACUAUGGGAAGACUGUGAUCUCCCAUGAGGAAAUGUGGUGACUCAACUAGCUGUGCUUCCCUAUAAUGAGAACGCUACAAGACUUCAGGCUUCCACCAAGAAAGGAGCGCUACGAUGGAAAGUAAAGCUCAGCAAAGCGAGGAGGGCCACUUCACUGUCACCUCUUGCAAGACACUGCCAACCUAUGGUACUG